UGUCUGAAGGCGAGGAUCCUUGGAGCGGUCCAAUAAGGACGGAAGGGUGGCUCUGGGCCAUCUUGCUAGGGCUGGUUGUUGAAUCCCUCCUAUAUGGGAUCCAUGUCAUCCUCUUCGCCCUCUGCGUACGCGUGCUCUUCCGCCGAAAGAGAAGAAUGCAGCUCGCCAUGCUCGUUGCGGUCGUGAUCAUGUUCGUGUUCGCUACGGCGGACACCGGUGUCUCGUGGCCAUCAGGCAUCAGGCACCCAGAGUGGAUGUACGUGGGUGACAGUAAAGCAUUCAUGAAGGCGAUAUACCCCAAAUUUUUGUUGCAUCUGGUGAACGGGUUUCUUGCAGAUGUUUUGUUGGUGAAUAUAUCCCCGAAAAUGUUGCAAGACUUGAUUGACUUGUGGCAGGUCAUUCGAUGUUAUGUUGUCUGGGGAAAUAGGAAAGUGAUUCUUUGGGUUGCAGGCACCGUCCUGCUUCUUGGAACAGGAUUCGGGAUAGUGGGCGAAGGAACGACGUCAGCGGCCCUCAAGAAGUACAUUGCCGUCUACAUUAUCAGCAUCCUGGUAUUGAACAUUGCUCUUACGCUGGCGACUGGUAUGCAACUCGGGAAGAGGGCGGGAUUUGGUCGACUGACGACUGACGUUCAUGAUAUAGCUGGUCGUAUUUUCUAUAUUGCAAGAGAAGUGAAAUCAAUAAUGGGUCAAGAACUAGUGUCGCACUAUCAUUUCGCUGUUUGUAUUCCGAUAGAGUCCGGCCUGCUCUACACAGCGGCAACAAUUUUAGUGUUUGCUCUGUCUUCAACCAAGUUCAUUGUCAUGGCUGCUGCGAUAGCAAUCCGCGUCGUCGUUCGUGCUUCCUUCGCGUAUCUAACGACGUUUUCAUUCACCUUUGUGUUGCAGUGUAUAGUGCCCGUCCUGCUUAUCGUGCAAUACCACUAGG